AUGUCGACAGUAUUGGAAAACAACGAGGACGAGCCUGUCAAAACAGGCGGCGACGUAACAGGCGACUCCAGCGACGACAAUACAGCCGACAAUGUGGUUUUGGUCCUAGAACGUAGCUUCAAUCAAUUCCACAAUUUUGCUACUACCUUCGCCGCUCUUUACUUUAUCGGUGGCGUGCGCGUCACCUUUUCGACUGGUAUCGCAGCUGGUGGAAAUCUGGCAUACUGGACGAGUUACAUCAUCACAUGUGUCUUUACAUUCAUAACCGCUGCGGUAAUUGCUGAGAUCUGCUCUUCCCUACCUCUAGCUGGUUCCAUCUAUCUCUGGGCUGCUGAAGCCGGCGGUCCCCGAUGGGGUCGAUUGUUUGGUUUUGUCGUUGCUUGGUGGUCUACCACUGCUUGGACAACCUUUUGCGCCAGCAACACGCAAGCUGCCGUAAACUACCUGCUUUCGGAAAUCGUCGUGUUCGGCACAGACUUUCCCUCCGACUCCUCAAGCGUCAAGUUCCGAGCUGUGCAAUGGAUCCUGACAGAAAUACUGCUCGCCCUAGCCUGCAUCUGGAAUUUACUCCCUCCUCGCUACUUCAAGUGGAUCUUUUCCGUAUCUAGCAGCGUUGUCAUUCUUGACUUUGUCCUGAAUCUGAUUUGGCUCCCUAUCGCCACCAGCAAAACUCUCGGCUUUCGAUCAACACACGACGCUUUCAUGACGACCUAUAACGGUACUGGGGCCCCGCCGGGCUGGAAUUGGUGUCUUUCGUAUCUCGCUACUGCUGGUAUCUUGAUUGGCUUUGAUGCCUCUGGCCAUGUAGCUGAAGAGACCAAGAAUGCGUCUGUUGCAGCAGCUAGGGGUAUUUUCUGGAGCACGGUUGUCAGUGGUCUCGGCGGCUUUGCAGUCGUCAUUCUCUUCCUGUUCUGCGUGCCCGAUGCUCAAACUCUCUUCUCUUAUGGUGGUCCUCAACCUUUUGUGUCAGUGUAUGCCGCGAUCCUCGGUCAAGGAGGCCAUGUCGUGAUGAACGUUGUCUGUAUACUGGCGCUCUGGUUUAACACCGCAAUCGCUGUGCUUGCGGCUUCUCGUCUGGUCUUUGCCGUGGCAAGAGACGGAGUUCUGCCCUGGUCUGGCUGGGUUUCCAAGGUAGUAGCUGGCCAGCCUCGCAACGCUGUUUUGGUGGUCUGGGGAGUCUCUGCCAUCAUCACUUGUACCAUCCUCCCAUCAGCUGUAGCUUUCACUUCUCUGGUAUCUGCCGCCGGCGUACCUUCUGCAGCUGCAUACGGUCUCAUAUGCCUUGGUCGCCUCCUUCUGACACCAAAGAACUUCCCCAAGCCAGCAUGGAGUCUAGGGCGUCUCAGCAAACCUUUUCAGUUCAUUGCAGUAUUUUGGAAUGGUUGGGUAGUUGCUGUCUUGUACUCGCCGUAUAUUUUCCCAGUCACGGCUGAGUCGCUCAACUAUGCACCCAUCAUCAUGGCUGGCACUACCAUCCUGGCCUUGUUGACUUGGUGGUUCACUCCAGCAGACAAGUGGUUACCUAGCCAGA